AUGCAGUUAGAGCUUCUCUUCUACGGCGUACGAGCCACUUCUCAAAAUAAUGCAAUCCCAGCAUCUCCUAAAGAUGAAUCAACUGAUUGUCUUCAAGGGUAUGAAUGGGUGCACGCACCCUCAAAUUCUAAGUAG